AUGGGAGAGUGGUUCCGUGACAACGGCAAGCACGCUCUUAUCAUCUACGACGAUUUGACCAAGCAGGCCGUUGCCUACCGUCAAAUGAGUUUGUUGCUCCGCCGUCCUCCUGGUCGUGAGGCUUACCCCGGUGACGUUUUCUACCUCCACUCUCGUCUCCUUGAGCGUGCCGCCAAGAUGAACGACAAGCUCGGUGGUGGUUCGCUCACCGCUCUGCCCGUCAUUGAGACCCAGGGUGGUGAUGUGUCCGCUUACAUUCCUACCAACGUCAUUUCCAUCACUGACGGACAGAUCUUCUUGGAGGCUGAGCUCUUCUACAAGGGUAUCCGUCCCGCCAUUAACGUCGGUCUCUCUGUCUCCCGUGUCGGUUCCGCUGCCCAGGUCAAGGCCAUGAAGCAAGUCGCUGGUUCCCUCAAGCUCUUCUUGGCCCAGUACCGUGAGGUUGCUGCUUUCGCCCAAUUCGGUUCCGAUCUCGACGCUGCGACCAAGCAAACCUUGUCCCGUGGUGAGCGUCUCACCGAGCUCCUCAAGCAGAAGCAGUACUCUCCCAUGGCCGUCAACGAGAUGGUUCCUUUGAUCUACUCUGGUAUCAACGGUCUCCUCGACUCCGUACCAGUCAACAAGGUUCUCCAGUGGGAGGCUGACUUCCUUGCCCACCUCCGAUCGAACGAGUCCGAGAUGCUCGCCCAGAUCGACCGGGAAGGUGCUCUCAGCAAGGAUCUCGAGGCUAAGCUCAAGGAGGUCGCAUCGAGCUUCACCAAGAGCUUCGUCGCAUAA